UUGACACUUUGGAUCUGUACUGAUCACCAACAAGUAAAUCAUGCAAUUGACUAUAAUGACACGAUCUCCCUGUCAUGCGUUACAUCUAAUCUCACCCUUUACAGGUGCGCUAGAUUAGUUUCAGAGCUGUUCUCUUCCGUGUAUCAACAGUUCUUAUCCAAGAUGAGUCUUUAAAGAGGUUAUCGGUGAAACAGAUAUUCAAUGAGUUGUCUAUGUUAAGCAAGUGCAGACGAUGCUGAGUAAUUGAAAUAUGACAGGAGAGCUUUUAGGUGUCAGUGUCCCACAAAUUUUAAGUGAAGACAUGUUCAGUAGUCAAAGAAAGGUGUUGUGAUAUUUUGAUUGAUCUUACCUUCAUGGACAACCAGUGUGUUCAACUUGAACCCUAAGGAAGGACAUUAUUGGUACUUUUAAAUUCUGAACCACGUAGAGCUGACAAGAAUGGGUCAAAAUACAAGUGUUCCAUCUGGAUCACAUUUGGGACGAAGGAGAUCUUUUCGUAAUUCCUGGCGCUCUCCCUUUCCUCGGCGAUCCCACACGCACAAGAGCUCUUUAAGUGCUGCUGUCAAUUUCAUAGAUGUUGAUCCCAAGCAUAUAGAACUGUUAAAUGUAAACACAGCCAGUGAAGAAGAGUUAAUGACGUUGCCAGGGAUUACAAGGCACAUUGCACGAAGCAUUGUGGAAUAUCGUCAAGCUAUUGGAAGGUUUAAGAAAGUUGAAGAUCUUGCUCUAGUGUCUGGUGUAGGAGCAGAGAAACUGGAUUUGAUUCGCCCAGAGAUAUGUGUUAGGAGCAAAAAUGCAAGUUGUGCAUCAUCUCGAGCACAGUCCUUUGACAGUAUAGCAAGUUCAGAGUUUUCUCAGGCUGGAUCUACUAGCCGCACUGUAGAUGUGAACUCUGCAACAGUUUUUGAGCUGAUGACUGUAAAUGGCCUUAACCAAGAACUUGCAGCUAACAUAGUUGAACACAGAUUAAGGAGAGGGCCAUUUAGAACGUUAGAGGAUCUGGCAAAGGUGAAAGGGAUAUCACACUUAAGACUUGGAGCCAUACGUUCACAGAUAACAAUGAACCUGCCAGAAAAUUUGCCAGUAAGAAAUGGUUACAUCCCACACAUGAUACCGGAGAAUUCCACUUCAUCUCUUGAAGGUCACAAAAGAAAACCGCAAACAUCACUAAAAUAUGGCACUUCAAAUGGAUUCCUGGCUAUUGGAGAUAUUUUUGAGAUGCUUUCAGCAUCAACUCCACGACCUAUAGUUGAAGAAGAUUUCCAGUAUGAACGUAAUGGUAAACCAGCAAUAAGAAUAGCAUCAUGGAAUCUUCAGUGCCUCACAGUGGAAAAAAUAGAGAAUCCUGGAGUGAAAGAGAUAUUUUGCCGAACGAUACUGGAAAACAAGUUUUCUGUGAUAGCUGUUCAGGAAGUUAUGGACAGUUUUACUUUAAAAAAGAUAUGUGAAGAACUUAACAGUCCAACACUACGUAAAGUUGCAGAAUGGAAGGAUAAUUCAAAAAACUGGAAGUGCUGCACCUGUGAGAAAACAGUUGAAAAUUUCAAGGGUUCAGCUGGCCUUGGAUUUAUUUAUGACUGCAGGAAUGACCUGCAGAUUCUGCAAGUAAAGGAAGUUGAACUAAGUGAAGCCUGCCCUAAGUUGGCACGCAGUAUUGGAGUCCUGCUAAUGAAAUUCAAGGUUACUGAUACUGUAGUAUCAUUACUUAAUAUGUAUGUAAAAGACAGCAAUGAAGAUUCCUUCUCCAGUAUAGAGCAGAUGACACAUGAUAACUUCCAAGAAGAUGAGUUACUAAUAAUAUUAGGAGAUUUCACUGGCCUUAAGAAAAACAAAGAGAUGGAUGAUAGUCUGAAAGUACAUUAUAGGACGAUAAUUCCUACCACAAUUUCUACAAAUGCUAAUGAGAAUCCAGUGGUAAAAUAUGCAGAUAAUGUCCUUCUUAACAAAAAUGCACAAUCACUGUUUACAGGUGUUUGGGGUAUUGUGAGGCAAGGUCUGUCACAUCUCGCUAUUCCUAAAGGAUGGCUGUGGGGUGGCUGUGCCACAGAACAUUGCCCGGUGUGGUGUGAACUUUUCACAGGCACUACUGUGCAGCACAGCUGAGUUGUAACACAUCACAUUCUCCUGAAGUAAACAGAGAUAUCAUAUUGAUAGUUAAUAAUAUUUAUCAUAUGUUUUUCUCUCAAAUAGUUUAUGUUCGUAAUAUUUAAUUUCAUCAUUCCACACACAAUUAGUGCCACAAAUUAUACAUGUAUUUUCUAGUUAUUAGAAAUACUAAAUCUGUAGCAGACAAUAGUUGUGGCAGGCUUACCACAAAUAAAGCAAAUAACAAAGUAGUUUUGUGUUGCACUUGAGGGAAAAUGCACAGAAAAAUAAUUUAAGAUGCAGGAAUUUUGUGAUUUGCAUUGCUGAUCUUACUUAUUGCAUUGUUGAUUUAUUGUAUAAUAUUUAUUGUGGAAUUAGUGUGUGUGUGUGUGUGUGUGUGUGUGUGUGUGUGUGUGUGUGUGUGUGUGUGUGUACGCACGCGCGGUUGUGCCCACAUGUGCGUGCGUACACACGAGCAUUCAUUGAUACGUGUGUGUGUGUGAGAGAGAGAGAGAGAGAGAGAGAGAGAGAGAGAGAGAUUCUUUCCUGCUUGUUUUAAGUAUGUGUGGUAUCAGAUUGUUCUUGCCUUUGUAAGUUUCACAGUAUUAUAAGUCUUCCCAUAAUUGUCUAACAGAAAUAUAUUUUAUACUCGUGUAUUGUUCUGUCUGGAAGAUAAAGUAUCGAGAAGUAGAUGUAAAGAUGCCAUUAUCUGUGAUAGAUUUUGUAACACAGUGUAAUGGUUCAUAGACUGAAAUAACUCCAAACUUCACAUCACAUUUAAUAUACAUAUAUAAUCAUUCAGUCUCAUAUAAUUGACCAGAUUUUCUUUUAAUUAAGAAGUGAGAAGUCAUACCUGGAUCUACUGAUAUUUAUAAUACUAUUUUAUUGUAGGUGACAGUCUUCAGUUAACUCUAUGAUGCAAAAUAUUUGCUUUGGAAAAGCAUCAUGACUUUUAAAUUGUUAAGACAUUUUAGAUUUCACUGACAGGUGCUCUUACACCAAUCAAAAAGUCUUCCUGUUGUGUGUAAUUUGUCAUGUUUUGUGAUGUUGUAGUUGAAUUAAUGAUUUGCAGUUUUAAUUUAUAUACUGUAUUCUUAGAAUAUGUUGUGCAAAACCAGAAACAAUCGAGUAUAUUUUAAACUUUGAUGCUGAGAAACAUUUAUUUCGCUAUGUAAUGUGACACAGAUGUUGAGAACCAGAAUUUUGUUCUUGAAAGCAAAUGCUAAACUGCUAGUGCAUCCUACUGUCAUCAUUCACUAUAGUUUGUACAGUAAUUUUCUGUGGGGGUAUUCAGCCUGUUCAGACUUGAAAACUAUUAUAUUAUGUGUUGUGAGUCCUUUAUUGAUCAAGGCUUUUACUGUUAAGAAUCUAUGUUGCUGAUGUUGCCAUCAUCUUCAUUGGUCACAUAAUCUUGCUCACUGUGUUUGCAUUACACACACUCAAAAUACUUACACACUUAUAUGGAAAAUAAUUAAUUACAGGCAGCUGUAGGGGGAGACUUUGGGAAUUUCUGAUCAUUCUCUUGAAUUUCAUAGUAAGUGGUGUAUCAACUUUUUUUCCAGCUUUAUUUUUCUUCCAUCAUCUCUUUUAUUUCUGGCAUGUCACUCUGGGAGAACUCCAGCUUAACAUUAUGUGUAAUGCAUUCUACAUACUUGUACAUAACACCACCACAGUCACUUUUGUUGCUUUGCAUUGGGAUAUGCUUCCCACACCAGAUCUCCCAUAUGUCUUCACUAAGUGGUUCAGUUGAUCUCUGUGCAGCUUCUUGGUACAAGUAAUUCCAUUUAGUUAAUGGACUUGACUCAUUCUCUUCUCCCAUACUAUCCUAAUACAGGAAUGCCAGCUUUUGGAAAUAGACAGCUGCCACACAUCAGUCAGUUCCCAGAUGAACAGGAAAAACAAAAUGUCAAGUUUGACUACAUCUGUCUGGUCAAUUUGGGAAGAAACGUGUUGUAUGCAUACCUUUCUGAUUCUCUGUUCUGUCUCCCUGUUUGAUUUACAAGUUUCAUGUAUAAAUUCACAGAUUUGAUUGUUGAGUUAGUUUGUCCCAAAAGAAGUAACUAAAUCAGAAAGAAUCAUCAGCGAGCGAAACCCUUCACCCACCAACUCCAUAUUAGUGUCCUUGCAUUAGUCGUCAUAACCCUCUGACUCGCCAGAUGAGUGAGAUGCAUUUCAGCAAUUUUAGCAGUCAUCACAUCAUACUCAUGUGGAAUAUCUUCAGGAAAACUGUUAGAUACUAUCCUUUGAUAGUGACUUCCAAUUGUAUUUCAUUGAAUAAAUGUAGUAAUGUGACCUUCUCCAUACUGCUUUUUUAGAGUCUCAUUUCUCUCUUAGCCUUUCAGCCUCUGAAUAUUCAGUUUUGUUGGGGUGUAUAGGUUUCCCCUGACCAGUUCUCCUCCCACCGAACUACUUGCAUCAUUCUCCUUCAACAUGCUGAAAACAUAAGUUUUUUGGAAAAAUGCUGUAGCUUUUAAAUAAGAUUAUGUUUUCUACAUGUCUAAGAAGAAUGAUAUAUGUAGUGCAGAUGGAGUACAAUUGCUACUGUGGUAUUUAGAUAAGAGGUUUCAGAAAUAUAAACAUUUUUAUUUUUAUUUUAUUUUGUAAAGCUGACAUAGACGGUAAUGUCUAAUGAACCAACACAUGGGACAAAUGAAACUAACAGUACAUGAUCAUUUUUCUUUUCUUUUACAUUAGUUACUCAAAAGAAAAAUCAAUUAACAAGAUUGAGGUUAUAAAAAUACUAAAUACAGUUGCAGUUUAGGGUUUAUAGUCUGGAGACACUUACAUUCUUGAAAACUAUUAUUUAUAAUCAAAGUUAAAAGCAGUUUGCAAUGUAGUUUACUCCUAUUUGUGAAAGGAAACUGAAGACUUGUAUUCCUUUAUUCAGGUCAUGCCAUAUCUGAUUGUUCAAGUUAGUAGCUAGAGUUUACAACUGAAUUUUUUUUUUUUAUGAAAUGCUCAUUGCUAUUCUGUCAGCUUCACUUCAAAGAACUGGAGGCAGGGGGGAGGGGAGAAAGAGAGUGAGUGAGAGAGAGAGAGAGAGAGAGAGAGAGAGAGAGAGA